AGAGAGGAGGCGAGUCGGGAGGAUCGGGCGGGUAGAGUGGUGCAGCCAGGUUGUUUGCUGCGGAACAUAAGGCCGCUCUGGGCACGGAGGCGCCCAUCUCACUGGCUUGCUCGGUUCUAGGAGCGGAUCCGGGGUAGAAGGAGGAGAGCUUCGGGUCAGGGGCUGCUGCAGCUGCUGUCGGGGUGUCAGCCUGCCAGCCCGCCAGCUAGCGCUUCGCGGGCCCUGCUGGCCAGGAUCUUAUCAAACAUUGUGUGGCUUGCCCUCUAAAAACUAGUGUGAGAGUGACUUCUCCAGUUUCUUCAGGAUGCCUGCAGCACUUGUGGAGAAUAGCCAGGUUAUUUGUGAAGUGUGGGCCAGCAAUCUAGAAGAAGAGAUGAGGAAGAUCCGAGAAAUCGUGCUCAGUUACAGUUAUAUCGCCAUGGACACUGAAUUUCCAGGUGUUGUGGUGCGACCAAUUGGUGAAUUUCGUAGUUCGAUAGAUUACCAGUAUCAGCUUCUGCGGUGCAAUGUUGACCUUUUAAAAAUUAUCCAGCUGGGUCUUACAUUCACGAAUGAGAAGGGAGAAUAUCCUUCUGGAAUCAAUACUUGGCAGUUUAACUUCAAAUUUAACCUUACUGGCUAUGAUUUUGGCUACAUGGUAAAGUUGCUUACAGAUUCUCGUUUGCCAGAAGAGGAACAUGAAUUCUUUCAUAUCCUGAACCUUUUCUUUCCAUCCAUUUAUGAUGUGAAAUACUUGAUGAAGAGUUGUAAAAAUCUUAAGGGAGGUCUUCAGGAAGUUGCUGAUCAGUUGGAUUUGCAGAGAAUUGGAAGGCAGCACCAGGCAGGCUCAGACUCCUUGCUGACAGGAAUGGCAUUCUUCAGGAUGAAAGAGUUGUUUUUUGAGGACAGUAUUGAUGAUGCCAAGUACUGUGGGCGGCUCUAUGGCUUAGGCACAGGAGUGGCCCAGAAGCAGAAUGAGGAUGUGGACUCUGCCCAGGAGAAGAUGAGCAUCCUGGCGAUUAUCAACAACAUACAGCAGUGAUGGCAGUGGGCCCUGCAGGUUGGGCCUGAUUCCAGAGUGGUGCUUACUGUGCUGUGCGCUUAUCUUCUUCCCCAAGAUAAAAUGCUUCUUUUGAGCAAACUGUACCUACUAUCUGCAUUGAGCAGAAAGACUUGUGUUUUACUGAAGACAAAAGAUGUCUUUAUUUUAGAUCCAGAAGAGGGGAGUUUGCUCUGAAUUUGUAAACAAGUCUUCCCUAUUCCUCAACCCCGAGCCUCUCCUCUCCGGUAGCCUCCUGCCACCAGCAUAUGGCUCAUUUGACACUUUUUUAAAUAUACAGGACAAGUCUGAAACAUACUAGUAAAAUGUAUAUAACUCUUAACCUGUUGUCAUUCUUUUUCUUUUAAAUUUGUUGCUAAUCUCUGAUAAUAAAGAUUUUUGCUGUGAUUCUCAGCUGAGCUGAGGGCUUCCAAGGAAAAUGGAACAAAAUGGUGAUCUUGUAUAAUGGGUUAUAGAUACUGAGUCUUCUUUUCCUCCUCUCACCCUCGUCGAGGACAUUUGUUUUCCUCAUACUUUGGUAGUCUUUAUGUAUUACUAUAUGGAAAUGAAUUGCUUGGUACUGAAAUCUGAAGACCAGAUGCGGAAGCUGUCUAUUCUUCAUUCAUGAGAAACUCCAGAGUGGGUAUUAAGCUGACCAUUGAAGCGUCUUUUAUGUCUAUGUUUGAUUGUGCCACUGGGAUUUGCUGUCACAUAUGCAUCAUCUGAAAUCAUUGUAAUUAAUAUUCAUGUAAUAAAGUAUCCUGGAUUUGAUCCUGAAGGAAAUUAGUAAGAUCAGAUUUUUGGGUCAUAAGUCUGUGAUUAUUGUCAGUAAUGUGAUUUCAGAUGGUCAUCUGUAGUCUCCCACCUCUUUUUUCCAUUUUCCCUGAUGUUUCUUUCAGCAAACAUGAGAAGUUAGGGAGAUGGAUUAAUGUAUCAGAAAUGUAAGUCUUUUAAAAAGUUACAGUGGUUACAUGUAAACAGGGCAGUAAAGGAAUUUGGUUUAUAGAGUUCUCUUGGAGUACUAUCCCACAACUGGGGUAAGAAGCUCAGGACUUUUUUUUUUAAAGCUAGUAGUCACUUAAAAAAUACACUGUAUUUUUUUGAAUGACUAUGGUAUGGAUAAUUUUGAAACCAAAAACUCUUUUGGAAUGGUGGAAGUAAAAAUUGGUAACUCACUGAAGUGGAAGAAUAGUCUUGAAUUUUAAAGGUUAUGGAAAACUCAAUUUGAAAUGAUUCAAAGAUAUCAAGUAUUAUAAGCUGGUAUUUAAGAUGCUUGUAAAUAUUAUUUAUGUUUUUAAUUUUGUAAAAUAAAGAUUUCUUUUUAACCAUUGGCA